AUGAACUGCAGGAUCGUUGAGGGAAUGAUUUGCACUGCAAUUGAUUCAGAAGUGAACUGUCCGUGUGAUGAAUGCAAAAAGAGACAUUUUUCUAAUGGGAUUUCUUUCUUCUUCCUGAAAAAUAAAUUCUGGGUCGAAACUGUUUCUGAAGAAGAGUUGUUUCUAAGAUUAAAGACUCUUAAUCCACAGUUUGAAUUUCAGCGUGAUACCCUCCGCCACACUAUUCGUGAUUGCUUUGAUUUUGGAAAAGUGGUAGCUGAUAUCCAGGUUCGCACAGACAUAUGUAGUGUUUCUUUUCAGUACACCUUUGGAGAAUCUGUAAUAAAUUGGACUAGUGAUGCUGUUGUUCCUGUUUCUUCUGUGUUGCAUUAUCAUGUUGUUUUGCCACUUUCGUUUGCACUAGAAUCACUUUGUAAAAAGCAAGAUUUACUCAAUAACAAGUUAUUGGCUCUAAAUCAUCAUACAAAUCGGCUUCAUGAAAAACUAAUGCUUCCAAUGGGUGAGGAUAUGAAAAAAGAAGACGUGGAUCUGGAUUUUAGUUAUUCAUAUAACUUUUCAACAGGCUUACUUUCUUCGUCCUCUACUCAACAUCUUUUUUGUGAGGCAUCUAAACAUUUAUUCACUUCUAAAAGUAUACUUCAAUACUAUUGGUUAAUAAAUUCAGUUCAAAAUAUGUGUGUUUCUCCGAUACAACAGAAACAGCCUACACGUGGGAUAAUAUCAAGUAAUUCAAACACCAAAGAUGUUCAGGAAACAGAAGAGAAACGAAGAAAUGAAUUACAGAGAAAGUUGGCGGAUAAACUGGGGAAGUCCAAAAGUAAAGAAUUGAAAAAACAUGGGAUAUUUCGGAAGUGAUAAAAAAAUUGAGUCUUAUUAAUCAUAGGAACUUCAACUUGCCUUUUUUUUCCUGGUUACUUAUUAAUCGCAGAAGUUGAGAUAUCGAGAAUUCUUUGUUGGGUAGUUGCCUAUCGGGAUUCAGUAAGUUACAGAAGUAGUUUGCGUGUUAGCAACAUUUUGCACUCAUACACGAUUUGCUUCCAUAAGAUUCUGUUUCCAACAAUCUUUUGAUAAUCAUUCUAAAUCGUAGGGAAUAGUACUCCAAGUCGGAUGUAACACAGAAAGCAUAUUACUCACUUAUGCCUGCUUCUGCUCGUAAGCAUAGGCUGCCGACCGGAAAUCUCCAACCAACAUUUUCCUUCCUAGUUAUUCCCGAGUGCUAUUCAUUCUUUGGAUGUCUGCCUCUAAUUCUCAACGCAAUGUGUUCUUUGGUCUCCCUCUUUUUCCUUUUGCCUUCAGGACUCCAGGUUAGGGCUUGCCUUAUGAUGUAAUUUAACCAUUUACGUAAAGUAUAACCUACCCACUCCCAGCAUAUUUAUGAGUGAAUCGAUCCUUGUGAUUUUAAAAGAGGCGUUCGAUGUACUCUUUUAUAAUGUGAAAUAUUUACUUUCAAGAUAAGUGAAGUUGUCAACGCGUUCGACUGCUUCAUUACCUAUCUUCAUUCUAGGUGUUAAAGCAGGCCAAUCCUGAAGCAACAACUUGCAUUUAGAGGACAAGAAACGCAUCCCAAACAUCCUGGCAUUGUUGCUCAGUGCUACCCAAAGACUCUGCAUUUUAUCAACGUCUUGCUGUCUGACGAAAUUUCAGCACGGAUUCAUAAAGCUCGUUUGGCUUUCGUCAACUUACGUCACCUAUGGCGUAGGCGAGAUAUCCGUCUAUCAAUAAAACGAUGAGUAUACUGCGCAGCAGUUCGUUCUGUUCUACUUUACGGCUAUGAAACAUGUCCAUUAAGAGUAUAAGAUACUCGUCAGUUGCUAGUAUUUGAUCACAGAUGUCUUAGAAAUAUAGCUCGCAUCUUCUGGGAUCACCGGGUAAGUAAUAGUGAAGCCAGACAGGGUAUUAGAGAAUGAUGGUAAAUCAGUUGAUGAGGUUGUGAAUCUUCAUCGACUGAGAUGGUUGGGCCACAUGUUACUUAUGCCUGAACACCGAUUACCACGACACAAUGCUGACUAGUGUUAGAAGAAAGUUAGGGACGGCCAAACCAGAACGUGACAUCAGUCACUAACAUCUGGUCUGAGCCUUGUUGGUAGAUGCAGACUAUCGUAACCAAUGGUUGGAGACUGGGCGACAAUGACGUUGAUGAAUACUCCUUGUCUCUCCUUAAACUGUGAGAUUAAAAUUACUUUAUUCCUACGAACUAAUUCUUUCUUCCUGUAUUAUAUCCUUAUGUGCAAUCUUUCAUAUAUUUCUACCAUUGGGUUGACUUCUAUAAAUUUGGUGUUCAUCUUGUUGUGCUAAUGAGGUGUGGCAACUUAAACCGAUGCAUAUGUGUCUGGUCCUACCUUGUAGCUGAUUAAAAUAUUUACUACUUAGAUAGGCAUACGAAUACAUGUACUUCGAUACGAUGAGUUUUUGCAGAAUAUGAGAAUUGUAACAUGCUAAUAUUUUCACUGGUAUUUCUUGAAAUAAUCAGCGAUUAGCCAUGGAGUUUACGACGGAAGGUCGAUACCGAUGUAAUUAGUCCAAAUACGAACUUAUUGAUCAACAUUACUGACUUAUCCAUUCGAAAUUUGCACUCAGGGAUUUGAGAUCUACUCGCCAAAAUGAUGGCGAAAAUUAUUAAGUUAGUGGACUGCAGCCUAGGUAAAAAUAUAAAUGCAAUUAUGAUAAGUAAAACUAGUCUUAGUGACAGAUCCUCACCAUAAUUCCCGAUGGAUUAGUAUGAGCGAUUCAGCACAUUAUGGUUACUUUUUUAUUAGUAGAGAAAUUAAUAUAAAGUUUCACUAGUCUUCAGAAAAGACUACAUAAUUAUCUCCUGUUCGAUUUUUGAAUCAUACCGUAGUGUAUAGUAACCGAAACCAGUGAUAGAGCUUGAAGUGGUUAACUGAAAUGAGGCUCAGGAUGUAUUGCCCAUACAGUUCCAUACUAUCCAUGUAUCGCAAAAUAAAUUUUGAUACAGAUAAACUUUAACCAAUUAAGUUCUACAGAAUUUCCAGUCAGUUCAACAACACGAGUCGAUUUUCACGUGAUGAAAGAGCUCUUGAGUUUUCGGUAUGAAGCGUAAGGCGGCAGAACCAUGUACACAGAAGGUACUGACUCAUUGUAUUUGGAACCGUUUGAAAACAAUCAAGAUUGUUUCCUACUGACUAUCAUCAAUCAAAAACAUUAAAACGUCGGUUUACAAAUAAAUAUACUAUGAACAUUACGCUUGACUCUAUAUAAGCGGAAAUACUUUAUGCGAUUGUUUCUUAAACCAUUCGAUCGGUAUUAGCGCUUGUCAGGAUUUUGAUGCUUGAAAAGUGUCUAUACAAUUAAGGUGAUCAAAAUAAUUUUACUUGAAUAUUACCACACUUCACUAUAUUCUUUAUUUAUGUACAUUUAAAAAAGCAACUCGAUCGUCGUAUUAUGCAUACUAAAUAAACCUGUUUUAUUUUACAUGGAGUGUUUUUUAUAUUACACUGAACUAUACAAAAAAUAAUCGAAGAUGGUAAAGUAAAAAUCAAGUAUGAUGGAAACACCAAAAAGUUGAAAAUACAGAAAUUAUACAUUAGGUAUGCAAGAUCACAUUGAAAAUUUACUUCUUUUUAAAAAAUUACAGUAAUUGACAAAUUUACAAAAAAAACUUAUUUUAGAAAGACUAACUGUAUGGUAGAGGCUAAAAACAUGGAUAUCUGUGUAGUGAAGAG